ACUCACACAUCAUGGUUCCCAACUGGGAAGGAUGUUGUUGGUUUAACGUCCAGGAGAGAGCAGAGCACAAUUUGGCUAGUAGAAGCUAACUGUUAGCAUUGGCAACUCCACCACACAGCAGAACUCCUGUGGAGAUAAAACAUCCAUGUUGCGGAGCAAAUGGAGUAACUGUUAGCCAAUCAGAGGACAGAUGUCCAAAUAUCAGGAAAUAAGAAGGGCAUAACGUUGCAGUUCUAUAAUUCCUCCUCAGCAUCAAUGGUGACAUCACAGAUGUUGGUCUGGAUUCAGGUACUAAUCUGGAAUUAUAAUAACAAAAGCUAUUUUUGUUUAUUUUUUAGUUGUUGUAAGGAUGUUGGGAGCAAAGGACAUGAGUAAUCAACAGAAUGCCUCUGGUUGCAAUGUUAUGGCUCAACAAAGCUUCAAUAAAAAUGUGUAGAUGUUAUAAAAGUGAUUCAUUUCAAUGGUUAAUACCCUUAAACUAAUAUCCGAUUUUAUAAAACUCCAAAAGAAGACGUUCUCUAGUCAUGUGGUUUUUUUAUUAAACCCUUCUUACAGCAAAAGCAUCAAUCUGAUUUUUUAUUCUUUUCCUGAAAUCACUUAUUUUAUAAGGAAGGUGUCCAUCACUCUGUGACCUGUAGGUGGCAUCAUGACCCACCAUUUAAUAAAUGAAUAAACACCACUGUUGUUUAUAGCAAUGAGUCCAACCUUAAAAUCAGGAUCCCAGAGACAGUUCAUUAAAUCUAGUUUAAUUCUCAUAAUUCUGUAACUGCUACAUGUCUUCAUAACACGCAUUUGGAUCUCUCCAGUUCCGGGAUCUUUCCUCAGGAGCUUACUGGCUGCACAGAAAAUCCUGAAGCCUUGCUUCAGGAUUACAGCUUGAGGAAGAUUUAGUGACUCAAACAAGUUGCACACUUCCUCUGCGAGAGUCUGCUGUAGAUGCAGAAAGUAAAUAAAGAGGAGCCUGUGGACACUGGACGACUGGACACAAGAGGACAGGGAAUGAACCUUCAGGAAGGGGAUAUUUGAUAGCAUCAGGAAGAUGUGCUGAGAGGGAACUUUUCCUUGAAUGGGACUGGAGAGCUGGAGACCAGCGAUGAACAUCAGCCCAGCGAUGGCUCCACAGUCUCUCGGGGUGAGCAGCAGUCCUCAGCUGUCCUCUCUGUCACCUAAGAAGACCACCUUUCAGCCUUUGGGGUCUGUUUCAUCAGGAAUGUUCUCCCCCUCAUUGGCUAAGCGCUCCCCCAGACAGGCCAAGCCAGCCUCAAGCCCCAAGAAUUCACCCUCCCACUCCAUCAUGAGCUCGCCUAAACUUUGGCAGAAAGCGUCCAUCUCCAGGCUGGCUGAGGAAUUCUUCUGGAUUGGCGGCAGCGUGGUUGCACAGCCGAAAUGGAGACUUGGUCAGAUAGUGGAGAGGUGCAUGUGCACCAUGCAGACUGGCACCCAGAUGACCAAACUAAAGGGGAAAAAGAACGGACUGGUCCGUUUUUUCUACCUGGACGAACACAAGUCCUGCAUCCGAUGGCGGCCUUCAAAGAAGCACGACAGGGCUAAAAUUUCCAUAGAUUCCAUCCAUGAGGUCUGUGAGGGGAAAAAGUCUGAGAUCUUCAGGCGAUAUGCAGAAAGUCGUUUCAACCCAAACUGCUGCUUCAGUAUUUACUACGGGGAUCGAGUCAAGUCCCUGGACCUGGUCUCCACCUUCGCCGAGGAGGCCCGCACCUGGAUCAGCGGGCUGAAAUACCUCAUGGCUGGAAUCAGUGAUGAGGACAGUUUGGCUCGCAGACAGCGCACUCGUGAUCAGUGGUUACAGCAGACUUUCUCAGAGGCUGACAAGAACGGAGACGGGGCCUUGAGCAUUGGAGAGGUUCACCAGCUGCUCCACAAGCUCAAUGUGAAUUUACCCAAACAGAAAGUCAGGGAAAUGUUUCAGGAAGCAGACUCGGAUGAGAUCCAGGGCUCUCUGACCUUUGAUGAGUUCUGCUCCUUCUUUAAGAUCAUUUCCACACGCAGAGACCUCUACCUGAUCAUGAUCUCCUACAGCAAUCAGAAAGAAGUAUUAGAUCUACACGACCUCGCACGCUUUUUGGAAACUGAACAAAAGAUGCGAGGUCUGACCAGGGAGCAUCUAGUUGACAUUGUUUCUAAGUUUGAGCCGUGUCCUGAGAACCUCCAACACAUGGUCCUGGGUAUUGAUGGUUUCACCAACUAUAUGAGAAGUCCUGCUGGUGAUAUCUUCAACCCUGAGCACAAUCAGGUCAACCAUGACAUGACGCAGCCUCUCUCUAAUUACUUCAUUGCUACAUCACACAACACCUACCUGACUGGAGACCAGCUGCUGUCUCAGUCAAGGGUGGAGAUGUAUUCUUAUGUCCUGCAGGCAGGCUGUCGCUGUGUUGAGGUGGACUGUUGGGAUGGACAAGAUGGAGAACCUAUUAUCCAUCAUGGCUACACUUUGACAUCCAAAAUUCUCUUCAAAGACGUUAUUGAAACAAUUAACAAAUACGCCUUCACUAAGUCACAGUACCCGGUGAUCUUGUCCAUAGAGAACCAUUGUAGUGUUCCUCAACAGAAGAAGAUGGCUGAAUAUCUGAGAGAGAUACUGCAGGACAAACUGGAUCUGUCCAAUGUCAACGUGCAUGAAUGCAAAAAGCUGCCUUCACCUGAGAUCUUAAAGGGAAAAGUUUUAGUCAAGGGAAAGAAGCUGCCUGCAAACCUGGAUCCCGAAGCUGAGGAGGGUGAUGUGUCUGAUGAAGACACUGACAAUGAGGAAGAGGAGGAGGAGGAGUACAUCACUGAGAACAACCUACAGGAUGAGAACAGCAUCAUGUUUAAGCAGCCCAAACAGAAAAGAUGUUUUGGACGAUCAAUUUUGAGAAGCUUCAAACGAAAGAGAAAAAAGGGAGCACGUGUGAAGAACAAGGCUCUGUCUGAUGGUGAAUCUGAUUAUAGCAGCAGCCGAGAGCGGACUCAAAUCGUUUACCAUCCCAAAAAGAGGAAAACAAUGAGGCUGUCCAGAGCUCUGUCUGACUUGGUGAAGUACACAAAAUCUGUUCGUGUACAUGAAAUAGAAACUCAAGGCUUUGCGAGCAGCUGGCAGGUAUCCUCUCUAAACGAGACUGUAAUGAACCAGAUUUUGUUACUUAAACCCGGCGAGCUGGUGCGCUUGAACCAGCGCCAGCUCCUAAGAGUCUACCCAUCAAAUUUCAGAGUGGACUCAAGCAACUUCAACCCACAGGCAUAUUGGAACGCAGGAUGCCACAUGGUUGCAAUGAAUUACCAAACAGAAGGUCAAAUGCUGGAAGUGUACCGAGCCAAGUUUUUAAGCAAUGGAAACUGUGGAUAUAUUCUGAAGCCUAAGUGCAUGAUUAAAGGUGUCUUUAACCCAGUGCAGGAGGAUCCUCUACCAGGACACAAAAAGACUCAGCUGGUGCUAAAAAUCAUCAGUGGACAGCAACUUCCCAAACCUAAAGACUCCAUGUUUGGGGACAGAGGAGAGAUCAUUGAUCCCUUUGUUGAAGUUGAGAUUAUUGGCCUACCAGUUGAUUGCUCCAAACAGCAGACCAGAGUAGUGGAUGACAAUGGCUUCAACCCAAUGUGGGAGGAGACGCUUGUCUUCAACAUUCAGAUGCCGCAGAUCGCCCUGGUGAGGUUCCAGGUGUGGGAUCACGAUCCUAUUGGACGAGAUUUCAUCGGACAGAGAACGGUGGCUCUCACCAGCAUGAUGCCAGGUUAUCGACAUGUCUACCUGGACGGGAUGGCAGAGUCGUCAGUCUUUGUUCACGUUUCUAUCCACGAUCUAGCAGGAAAGAUGAAACCUGCUCAUGCAGUGCAAGCAGCCAGGAAACACAUCCAAAAAGCAGCUCAGAAGCACAUGAGGGGCCAUCCAAGAUGUUCAUCUCAAGAAAAUUCGGUCCUGUCCUCAGAGGACGGACGUCCUCUGUGGAUUUUCAAGGAUGUGGACACAUUUUCGCAAGACAGCAAGAAUGGGGAGAUGGCCCCUCUUGCACAGGGGCCAGCAGCCAAGGCUGCUGUUCAUAAAGGGGCCAUAAGCGAACCAGUGAGGCGAGCUCACAGAGUUAAGAUUCAUGAAGCUCCAGAGGCAAGGAGGGGCUUCUUCAGCCGGAUGUCUUCUACAGAUUCCCAUCACAGUGGGACUGCUCCCUGUGUUAAACAGGAAAGCUUUGACCUCGACACCCCUCCCCAUCUCCCGUGUGCUGAAAGUUCUGCUCUGGACAGCCAGAGUCAAACUGAUUACAAAGAUUUGGCUGAACAGUUAAACUGUUCUGAGCAGCAGGUGGGGAGGAGAUUUGAGCCAGAUCAGCCUGAGCUUCCAGAGGAACCAGAACCAGAACAGGACCUUUCGACUCAACCAGAGCAGCAUCCCGAUGCUCACCCUCACCCUGUCCUCCAAUCAGACAUCGUGCCUCAGCCCAAAGUAAAUUUUUUAUCUCUUAUCCCGCCAUCAUCCCCCGCCAGAGUCAGACGGACCUUAGAGGCUCCCCUUCCAGUCCUUCCAUCCACCCCAGUACGGACAAAAGCUCACUCAUGCAGCUGCUCUCAAAAACUGACUACCUCUCCUCAGACGCCGGCAGUGACUCGCAAGCCUGCUUUCCAUCAGCAAACCCAACAAGCUCACAGCUACGGCAGCUAUGGCAACAAGAUGAGUCACGUACCCAAUGGUCUGUGUCUGUCUGACAGCAACUCCAGUGACGGGAGCACAGACAGCCUGGAGUUUGUAGCCUCCGAUUUGCCAGGCCGGGCAGAGCAACAGGAGGGUACCCUGCAGAGGGAGAUGAAGGCCCUGUUUAACCAGAAGAUGAGAGACAUCAGAUGUAAAUCUCCACUUUUUCUAGAUGCCGAAGAUUCUGACUGAUACUGAAAUCCUUCAGGAGACAAAGAAAAUUGUCACCAAAACAAAAAAAAAAGAUAAAGGAAGAAGAGAAGGAGCCUCUGAUGAGAAGCAAAAAACAUUGUUUAUUUUCUUAGUACAGCUGGAAUUUCUACAGACGACAUCUGAAGAGUUAUUUUACAAAAGC